UGAUUUCCUCUGGUGAUCAACAACAUCCCCUUCCUGUCGUCUUACGCAACACAUCUUAUAUGGAACUCUUGUAUUUCCAUGCUGGGAGAGUACGAACAAGACCGGUUCAACAAAUUCUGGCUCUCUUUCCGCUACAGUGCAACAUAGUUGUGUAACAACUUGGCAAUGGAGGAAACCAAGUCAACGAUGGUGGAGAAACCAACAGGAGAAAAUGAGAAUCAGAAGUUAGAUGAGACUCUGUUGUUGUCCAGCAAACCUCUGCACCGUUUUGUCCAAAAACAACCCAGAAGCUUUGGGAUUGUGAUUCUGAUGUUUGGUUGUGCUGAGGUUGUGAUGGGAUGUGCAAUGGCUAAUAAUGACAUGGAAACCUCAUUCAUAAUAUAUAUUCCCUUCUGGCAAGGAACUCUGUUCAUUACAUGUGGAGUCCUAUCUAUCUACACUGAGUUACAUCCAUCCAAGAAGAUGGUGACCGCAUCCCUGGCCAUGUAUGUGGUCUCUCUGUUGGGCAUUAUUGUCACCAUUGCACGAAGGAUAGGCUUAAUCAGUUUCUACAUUUGGAAGUUUAGGUACUCCCACUACCAUGCGAUCGAAUUUCUUUGCGUGGAAGGAAUCUUGUUGGCAUCUUCUCUGCUUGUAUCAGCGUUUCUUAUCUUCUUGAGCACCAUCGCAGGUUAUGCAUUAAGAUCUACGAGAAAACAGAUUACUGUCCAGCACUUUGUGAUGCAUCCUCCGAAUGAAGAGAAAACAAACUAGGACCAAUGUUCCUCAGUACUGUUCUGCACUUACAUAACACUGUUUUGUUCACUUCAGGUGUUUUUAUCAAUUAUGUCAUAUACUGUAUAUGUCUAACAUGUAUUUCUAGGCAAUAUGAGAUAAAUAUCUUAUUUUAAUUGUUGAAGGGGUCACAUGGUGCAGAUCAGUUUUCAAAUAAAAAGCAACCAACUCUUUAUUCCUCAUAUAGUGAGACGUAACAGUAGUCAUACCCCUUAAACAUUUCUGUAAAAAGUCACACUAAAAAUUCAACAUGAAAUGUAUUGAAUAGGUUUUUUUUAAAUUAACAUAAACAAAAUAACACAUUUAGAAUUACAUUUAGAGCCAGGGUUGUGUACCCAUUCUUCAUCUCAAUCUAUGAAGUAUGUGAACUAACUGACUGACAUAGAUUGUCAAGCUUUACCACAGAUUCUUAGUUGGAUUAGGUCGGAACAAAUGGCCAUUCUUGCACAUAAAUAUCCUUUGGUAAAAUCCA